CACCGUAACGAUAGCAUUCUAAGUGAUUUUAUCCUCGUUUUACACCGGGUGGAAUUGCGUGUCGAAAUAAUCAAAUAUGCGAGAUAGUUUGGAGAAGAAGAUAUAGACCCACCUCCUGUUAUCAUCCACAUUUCUUCAAUCCGGCGGAUCUCCAGCAGCCGAUUAUCAGAAUCUUCGCUUCCAAACGAAACACGAAUUUCUCCUAUCUCGUUCAAGUGAUUUUGGCUUAAUAGUGUUGAAAUCAUGGCGGGGGCUGUGGUGCAAUCUACCAGCUUUCCUUCAGUUUCCAGUGAAAACAAGAUCCAUUCAAAGAGAUCUGGAAAUGCAAAAAGACGAGUCAAAAUGAUGUGUAGCUUACAAUCUCCUCCAAUGAGGGUGAGGACUUUCUCUGGUUUACAUGGAGUCAAUGCAUUAGACAACAUGGUCAACAGAAGCCAUGAUUUCCACUCAAAGGUAGCAGUAGCCACCUCUGUUAGGAGAGGAAAAGGAAAGGCUUCAAGAAUCAUGCCAAAGGCCAUGUUUGAACGCUUUACAGAAAAAGCUAUCAAAGUUAUUAUGCUUGCACAAGAGGAGGCAAGACGCCUUGGUCAUAAUUUUGUGGGCACAGAGCAGAUUUUGUUAGGUCUUAUUGGUGAGGGCACUGGUAUAGCAGCAAAGGUUUUGAAAUCAAUGGGAAUUAAUUUAAAAGAUGCACGUGCUGAAGUAGAAAAAAUUAUUGGUAGAGGUAGUGGAUUUGUUGCUGUUGAGAUUCCAUUUACACCUCGUGCAAAGCGUGUUCUUGAACUAUCACUAGAGGAAGCCCGACAACUAGGUCAUAAUUAUAUUGGUUCAGAGCACUUGCUUCUUGGUUUGCUUCGUGAAGGUGAAGGUGUAGCAGCUCGUGUUCUUGAGAAUUUAGGUGCUGACCCAAAUAACAUUCGCACACAGGUGAUUAGAAUGGUUGGGGAGAGUGCAGAAGCUGUUGGUGCUGGAGUUGGUGGUGGGAGCUCUGGAAACAAGAUGCCAACUCUAGAGGAAUAUGGUACCAAUUUGACAAAGCUAGCAGAAGAGGGUAAGUUGGAUCCUGUUGUUGGAAGGCAGCCACAAAUUGAAAGAGUUACUCAAAUUCUGGGAAGACGUACAAAAAACAAUCCCUGCCUCAUUGGAGAACCUGGUGUUGGAAAGACUGCUAUUGCAGAAGGUCUUGCCCAAAGAAUUGCAAAUGGGGAUGUUCCAGAAACAAUCGAGGGGAAGAAGGUGAUUACUCUAGACAUGGGUCUACUUGUUGCUGGGACAAAGUAUCGCGGAGAGUUUGAGGAGAGAUUGAAGAAGCUGAUGGAAGAAAUCAAACAAAGUGAUGAAAUUAUUCUAUUUAUCGAUGAGGUCCAUACUUUAAUUGGAGCAGGAGCUGCAGAGGGGGCUAUUGAUGCUGCUAACAUCUUGAAGCCAGCUCUUGCUAGAGGUGAAUUGCAGUGUAUUGGUGCUACAACCCUUGAUGAAUACCGAAAACACAUUGAGAAGGACCCUGCAUUAGAGAGACGAUUCCAGCCUGUAAAGGUGCCUGAGCCAACAGUCGAUGAGACAAUACAGAUUUUAAAGGGGCUCCGAGAACGAUAUGAGAUCCACCACAAGCUCCGAUACACUGAUGAAGCGUUAGUAGCUGCUGCCCACUUGUCAUAUCAGUACAUAAGCGACCGCUUUCUUCCCGAUAAAGCUAUCGAUUUAAUCGAUGAAGCCGGUUCACGUGUCCGACUUCGUCAUGCGCAACUUCCAGAAGAAGCCAGAGAGCUGGAGAAAGAACUUAGACAAAUAACAAAAGAGAAAAACGAAGCAGUCCGUGGUCAAGACUUCGAAAAGGCUGGCGAGUUACGCGAUCGAGAAAUGGACCUUAAGACACAGAUAUCCGCUCUUGUGGAUAAAAACAAAGAGAUGAGCAAGGCGGAGACCGAGGCGGGAGAGGAGGGCCCCACCGUAACCGAAGCAGACAUCCAACACAUUGUCUCGUCAUGGACCGGGAUCCCGGUCGAGAAAGUCUCGACCGACGAAUCCGACCGUCUCCUCAAAAUGGAAGAGACGCUUCACACACGAAUCAUCGGUCAAGACGAAGCGGUCAAAGCCAUUAGCCGCGCCAUCCGCCGUGCCCGUGUCGGUCUAAAAAACCCCAACCGCCCCAUCGCGAGUUUCAUCUUCUCGGGUCCCACCGGUGUCGGGAAAUCCGAACUCGCGAAAGCGUUAGCCGCGUACUACUUCGGCUCAGAAGAAGCCAUGAUUCGCCUCGACAUGAGUGAGUUCAUGGAACGCCACACCGUCUCAAAGCUCAUCGGCUCCCCUCCCGGUUACGUCGGCUACACGGAAGGCGGUCAGCUGACCGAAGCGGUCCGCCGCCGCCCCUACACCGUUGUCCUGUUUGACGAAAUCGAAAAAGCUCAUCCCGACGUCUUCAACAUGAUGCUUCAAAUCCUUGAAGACGGAAGGUUGACCGAUAGUAAAGGAAGAACGGUUGACUUUAAGAACACGCUUCUAAUCAUGACAUCAAACGUCGGAAGCAGUGUGAUCGAGAAAGGUGGGCGGAGGAUCGGGUUUGACCUUGACUAUGACGAAAAGGACAGCAGUUACAACAGAAUUAAGAGUUUAGUCACGGAGGAACUAAAACAGUAUUUCCGGCCGGAAUUCUUGAACAGAUUAGACGAAAUGAUCGUGUUCAGGCAGUUGACUAAACUCGAGGUCAAAGAGAUUGCUGAUAUAAUGUUGAAGGAAGUUUUCGAGAGGUUGAAGGGUAAAGACAUUGAACUUCAAGUGACUGAGAGGUUUAGGGAUCGGGUUGUGGAGGAAGGGUAUAAUCCUAGCUAUGGUGCGAGACCGCUGAGACGCGCAAUCAUGAGGCUUCUAGAAGACAGCAUGGCGGAAAAGAUGCUUGCCCGUGAUAUCAAGGAGGGCGAUUCCGUAAUUGUUGAUGUUGAUUCUGACGGUAAUGUUACUGUUCUUAACGGUAGCAGUGGAGCUCCACCGGAGGCAUCGCCUGAGCCAAUCUCGGUGUGAAAGUACAACGCUGGCCAUCUUUAAGCAUAAAUCAUAUAUGUUGUUGGAACUCUGAUGUUUAUAAUUUCUUA